AUGGAUUCUCUGCUGGACGUCCUGAUCGGAGAGGACCUCGACGCGCUCGGGGAGGAGCUGAGCGCGUUCCUGGACCCGACGUGCGCGUGCGGCCCCGUCGCGCCCAGCGCGCGCGGCGCGGGGCAGCCGACGCGCAAGAAGCGCAAGAAGCAGAGGAAGCGCGCGCAGCACGCGCGGGAGGAUAAGCAGGAGGAGGUUCCUUUGAGCCAGGAGGCUGGCGUCAUCAUCUUCCCAGCGGGAUCCCUCGACACCGGCCCGGAAGACGGAUCCCCCGGGCAGGAGCAGGCCGGGUCGGAGCAGGAGCAGGAGACCGAAACCGAGACCGACACGGAGCCCCGGUUCGUGAGGGUCCCGGUGGACGUGGUCGAGACGCGCCAGGGGACGCACUUCGCGAUCGACGCCCCGGGGAUCGACCGGGACGCCAUGAAAGUGGAGGUGGCGAAGCGGCACCUGACGAUCAGCGGCGUGAAGCUGCCGGACAGCCUGAUGCUGGAGCGCGACGUGAAGGUGAAGCGCAAGGAGCGGCAGAGCGGCACCUUCGUCCGCAAGUUCAAGCUGCCCGCGGACGCGGAGCCGGACAGGGCCUACUCCACCUACAGCGACGGCGUCCUUCACGUUACCGUCCCCAAGCGCCCGCCCCCGACCCCGCGCAAGCCUGACGUCAUCACCAUUCCGGUGACCGACCGGUAUUCCGUCCAGACUCCGCCCUCGCCGGGAGCGGACGCCCGAGAGACUUCAGACCUCGAGUCGCCGACUUCCGUGCUUCCGCCCGGGGUUUCCGCCGGAAGUCCCGCGGGCUUCGGAAAGAGGGCGACCGAGCAGCAGGAGACCAAGGGCAGGGAGGCGCCGAAGGAGCCGCCGAGGACCAUUCCGGUGGUGUGA